UGAACAUUAUCAGGUAACAUUAUGAUUGUGUAGGUGGUGAUGUGACUGAAUUUCAAUGUACUGAUGGAAGUGUGUAUGCUGGAGAUAAAGUGGAGUGUAACUGUACAACAAGUACUGGAACAAUAGACUGGAACAUCAGUUAUAUAGCACUAGGAUCGUGUGAUCAGAACUUGAUACAUGUCAAAUCAGAACAUUUCAAUGCAGCUACAACUGAUAAUGCUACAGAAUAUUAUGGAUACAAUUUUACCCAUAAUGUUGAUAACAACAGCUCAAGCCUCACCUUUUAUUUGAAUACAUCUGAAAGUGUUUCUGUUACGUGUAGAAAUGGUGAUAAAAGAGACGGUGCAACUCUAGUAAUCCCUGACGCAGGCUAUGUAAAAGCACUAAUAAACUUAACAACAGACUUCAAUGCAAGUGGAGUUACUCUACACUGGGAGGAUAUUGGGAAUAACUGUGAUUCUACUGAGUAUAACGUGGCUAUUUAUGAUAAUACAUCAACCAGUGUAUUGAUGUAUAAUACUAGUGACACAACGUUACAUAUAAACUCAAGUGAUUUAUUUAAAAAUGUAACCUACACAUACACUGUUAAAAGGUGCCAGCACUGUAGUAUCAGUAAACCAUUCACACUUGCUCCCAUUGAAGUAAUGAGUGUUACAAUAGAUACAACUAAUGCUACUGAUUCUUGUAAAAAUGAUAGUUGCUGUGCUAAUGUUACACUGAGUAUAAUACUGGAAUCAUCAGACAUGUGUUUAAAGCAUCCAAGUCAGAACUACGAAAUAUCAUACAAUUCUAAUACUGAAGAUAAACCAGUAACAUUUAAAAUAAAUGAAACAGAAUGGACUGAAUCAUUAGAACACAAUGAGACCUAUUGCUUUACAGUCAUACCAAUAAAUGAUUUUAUCACAGGAGAGCCAAUAAAUAAUGAUACAAAUAUCACUGAAUAUCAAUGUAAACCACCAGGAAAUGGAAAUAAUGGUAGUAACGGAGGAAAUGGAGGAUGUGGCACAUGGUGCAUUAUAGAAAUUAUUUUUAAAGUCAUUGGAUUCAUUGUAGUCAUUGUUGGGAUUAUAUUCAUAAUCAUCAUACUAAUUAUACUUCUCAUGCAAAUACUUAUGCAUUUAUGCAACUAAGCAUAAGGGAAUAACAAUUGAAUAGGCUUUAAUAAGUGUCAUUUGGUUAUUGGUAGGAACAAGAGUACUUUUGGUAGAAA